CUCCAAACUUUUCAGUGUAUAUAUAUAUAUAUAUAUACACUCCAUUCACAUUCUUUACAUCAACUGAUCACUUUCAACACAAUUCUCUCUUCCUUUCUCUCGUAUAUAGAUAAGGUGGCUAAGUUUCUUCUCCACUCUGUAUGAGAAGCAAUGGCGAAGAAUCUUAGCAGCAAUGUAACUAUUCAUGUUUUAAUGUUGUUUCUACUGAUAUCAAGAAACCAUGGGAUGAUUACUGAGUCUCCAUCUCCAAGUCCUCAACCUCAGCCUUCAGGCCUCUUUCCAACACAUGGUAUAACUCCUGGCAGUCUUCAUCCUCAAGAGUGUUCUCCAAGGUGCACAUACAGAUGUUCAAAAACAGCAUUCAAGAAGCCGUGCAUGUUUUUCUGCCAGAAAUGUUGUGCAAAGUGCUUGUGUGUGCCCCCAGGCACUUAUGGGAACAAACAGUUCUGCCCUUGCUACAACAACUGGAAGACCAAAAGAGGAGGGCCAAAAUGCCCUUGAAUUUUCAGGGCUCUGUUAUAACUUAUAACUGCCACUUUCUAAGCUUUAUGUGUCACUCUCAGUAGAGAAAAGUUUCAACGUACUAGUGCUCGAAUAUGUUCACUUUUGUUUGGACCAAUAUAGUAGUUGCAUAAUUGUUGUACAUCUUUGAAUAAGGUAUGAUUUAGUAGAUAUUAGCAUUAUCAAUUUCUCUUGACAUUUUUCUGAACCAGAUGUAGUAUACAACUUGGAAAAUUAUUGGCACUACCUUUUCCUACCAUAUUUUUAGUAGAAUGUCUGGUUUUUUCAAGACUAAAAA